AUGUUGGAAGUACUUGAAGAUUUUCUCAAGACAGGAGAAGAGUCGGGGGCUUCUAUCGCUGUGAACAUUGAUGGAAAAAAUGUGGUUGAUGUCUGGGGAGAAUUCCGAACGCAGGACAGGACCGAGGAUUGGGAGCAUGAUACCAUUGUCAAUGCUUUCUCCACAACAAAGACUAUUUGCUCUCUUGCUUUACUCAUCCUAAUCGAUCGUGGAAUUCUCAAUAUAAAUGAUAAAGUGGAGAAAUACUGGGCUAAAUUCGCUAGCGAUGGAAAAUCAUGCAUUGAGAUCAGACACACCUUAUCACAUACGUCUGGUCUGUCAGGUUGGGACUCGCCAAUGAGUUUGAAAGACCUGUUUGACUUUGAUCUGAGUGCUACAAAGCUCGCAAAACAAGAACCUUGGUGGACGCCAGGAUCAUCAUCUGGUUAUUCGUGGACUUGCGGGUUUCUCGUGGGCCAAUUGGUUCGCAAAACUACUGGCAAAACUCUUCAAGACUUCGUUGCCCAAGAAAUAGCCGGCCCAUUAGGUGUGGAUUUUGAGAUUGGAUCGUCGGCAAAAAACUGCCAUCGAAUAUCUCCUCUUAUAUUUCCGGUUUCAAAAGCAAGCCUUGCACAGACUGACACAUCCUCAAUAUCAGCAAAGACAUUCGGUAACCCAGCUUUGGAUCCAUCUGUAGUUGACAGUCCCGGUUGGAGAGAAGCUGAACUUGGCUCGGGAAAUGGUUAUGGCAAUGCACUCUCAAUUGCCACUAUACUGAGUUGUAUCUCACUUGGUGGUGAAGCAAAUGGAGUAAGACUUCUAUCGAAUGAAACAAUUGAUCUCAUCUUCCAAGAACAGUCGAAAGGGGUUGACUUGGUCACUGGGCAAAACCUUUGCUUCGGUAUCGGAUUUGGGCUUUCUGGGAACGACACGGAACUGAAGUGGUUGCCAGAAGGGCGUGUGUGUAUGUGGGGUGGAUAUGGUGGCUCAAUUGAUAUCAUGGAUCUUGAACGUCGUUUGACAAUAUCAUACACUAUGAACAAGUAA